AUGAAAUCCAUGAUCAUUGUCGCCCUCGCUCUCGUGGCCCUGGCCGCCGCUCACCCCGUCGACGAUACGGAGGCAACGAUCGUUCGGUCUGCAACCAACCAGGACCCCAGCGGUGCCUUCGACUUUGGAUUUGAAACCUCAAACGGUAUCAAAGUUAACGAACAGGGUCAACUGAAGGAAGUUGUGGACGAGGAGAACAAGCCCCACUCAGUCGUCGUUGUUCGCGGUACCUACUCCUACGUCAACAGUGAAGGAAACAAUGAGGUCAUCGAAUACAUCGCUGAUGAGAACGGUUACCGCGCAGAAGGUCCCUCCGUCCCCAAGGUGCCCGCCAGGAGAUAA